GGCUCCCUCCCCAUUCUCCUCCCUCCGCGAAAGGGUGUGCGUUUUGAACGUUGUAUUUAUCUCGCUAACAUCACAUUACAAGGAGUACAUUUGCGGAGGGAUAACAUUAGAAGUCACUGUUGGAGCUAGAAAAGGUGUGAUGGAGCCACAGAUCCUCAUACUGACUGAGUUCAAGUAAGGUAUUGUCGGGACAGGGUACGGCGCAUACACGGAUGCGAAAGCAUGGAAUGCAGUUCAAAUAUCUAUAAUCCCCCACAAUUGCAACGUGACAGUUCUAAACGUUUCAUUCAAGGUCAACAUUGGACUUCGGUCAGCUGUAACCGCAGACAUUAUCGAUGAUAUUUAUCUUCGUGUGGAACAGGAAUUGUAUGAGCAGCAUCUUUUUACCGGUCGGCGGUGAGCAAUGACAUCUUUCACCGAAGAGAUUAACCUACGCUGUCAGUAUCUGAAACAAGAUUUCGGACCAAGUUUUCAAUUCAAAGUUGUGGUAUUUAGGAGUGGGUAUGUAACUUGCUAACUAACACUGUAGCCGUGUCUUGAGCUCUCGGUGCCUGGAAGGAUAGCUAGCUCAGGCACCUUCUACGUUUCCUGCUUUCACGAAUGUUGUUAGCCCGCUUGCGACAGUACCUGGAACUGCUGCACCCAUCUCAAAUAGCUAACUAAAGUUGGCUAGCUAGCCAGCCAAUUGUCGAACAUGGAUAUUUUGUCGGUCCUUUGGAAAACCAGUUGCUAGUGAGGAAAGUGUGUUCAUGACACGCUAACUCCACGAUUUCCAGCUCACUUUCCCCCCCCAAAUUCUUUAAGUUAUAAAAACUAAUUUCAACAUGUCUGUUCGCGUAGCCUUACACUCACCCAGUGGCUCCAGAAGUUUUCUGGAGCGGGGACUCCUACUUCUGGUGAUCUUGAUCUUACUGGAGGGCACCGUACUGACGCUUGGAGCUGCCAGCUCACCGGACAUCGGCGCUCAGGACAACACUGGAGGACACGACCACCGGGACGACCACAGAGGGAUAGAAGGCAGUCGCGGCAAUACUAACUACACGUACACAAAAAAGGCCUUUCCAGUCCUGUCUCUAGAUUACCAUCACAUACAGGUGCCUUUCGAGAUCUCGUUGUGGGUGUUGCUGGCCUCAUUAAUGAAAUUAGGGUUCCACCUGAUCCCCCGGCUGUCCAGCAUCGUGCCCGAGUCCUGUCUGCUCAUUGUGGUGGGCCUCCUGGUCGGCGGACUCAUCAAGCUGGUGGGCGAGGAGGUACCCCCCGUGCUGGACUCCAAGCUCUUCUUCCUGUGCCUCCUCCCCCCGAUCAUCCUGGAUGCGGGCUACUUCCUGCCCAUCCGGCCCUUCAUGGAGAACAUCGGCACCAUCCUGAUGUUCGCCGUGGUCGGCACCCUGUGGAACGCCUUUUUCGUAGGGGGUCUCCUCUACGCCGUGUGCCAGAUCGAGGGCACGUACCUGAGCCAGGUGGAGCUGCUGCCCUGCCUGCUGUUCGGGAGCAUCAUCUCGGCCGUGGACCCGGUGGCCGUGCUGGCUGUGUUUGAGGAGAUCCACAUCAACGAGCUGCUGCACAUUCUGGUGUUCGGAGAGUCGCUGCUCAAUGAUGCCGUCACUGUGGUCUUAUACCACCUGUUUGAGGAGUACUCUGGGGCAGGCGAGGUAACGCCAAUGGACGUGGUCCUCGGGGUCAUCUGCUUCCUGAUUGUGUCGCUGGGCGGCAUCGCCGUGGGCGCCAUCUACGGUAUCCUGGCGGCCUUCACCUCCCGGUUCACCUCGCACACCCGCGUCAUCGAGCCCCUCUUCGUGUUCGUUUACAGCUACAUGGCCUACCUCUCGGCUGAGAUGUUCCACCUGUCUGGAAUUAUGGCGCUGAUUGCGUGCGGCGCUGUGAUGCGACCCUACGUGGAGGCCAACAUAUCCCACAAGUCCCACACCACCGUCAAGUACUUCCUGAAGAUGUGGAGCAGCGUGAGCGAGACCCUCAUCUUCAUAUUCCUGGGCGUGGCCACGGUGGCCGGGCCGCACUCCUGGAACUGGACCUUUGUUUCCGUCACCGUCAUCCUCUGUCUGGUGUCACGUGUCAUUGGCGUGGUGGGCCUUACCUUCAUCAUCAACAAGUUCCGCAUCGUCAAGCUGACCACCAAGGACCAGUUCAUUGUGGCCUACGGUGGCCUGCGAGGGGCCAUCGCCUUCUCCCUGGGCUACCUGCUAGACAAGGACCUCUUCCCCACGAAGACCAUGUUCCUCACUGCCAUCAUCACCGAAAUCUUCUUCACCGUGUUUGUACAGGGCAUGACUAUCAAACCCCUGGUGGACCUGUUGGCCGUGAAGAAGAAGCAGGAGGCCAAGCGCUCCAUCAAUGAGGAGAUCCACACCCAGUUCCUGGACCAUCUGCUGACUGGCAUUGAGGACAUCUGUGGACACUAUGGCCAUCACCACUGGAAAGACAAGCUAAACCGCUUCAACAAGAAGUACAUAAAGAAGUGCCUGAUAGCGGGCGAGCGCUACAAGGAGCCGCAGCUCAUCGCCUUCUACCACAAGAUGGAGUUCAAGCAGGCCAUCGAGCUGGUGGAGAGCGGCGGGGGCGUCAAGCUGCCCUCCGCCAUGCCCUCGCAGGUCUCCAUGCAGAACAUCCAGCCCAAGAAGCUGCCGCCCGCUGUAGCAGAGCGGGCCCUGCCUCAGUUCACCAAGGGCCGUGAGGAGGAGAUCAGGAAGAUCCUCAGGAGUAACCUGCAGAAGACCCGCCAGAGGCUGCGCUCCUACAACCGACACACUCUCAUGGCCGAUCCUUUCGAGGAUGGAUGGAAUGACUUCCUCCUGAAGAAGCAGAGGAUGAUCGAGCUAGAGAAGAAGAUGACAGAGAUGAGUAACUACCUCACAGUCCCUGCCGCACCUCCCGACUCCCCCACCAUGUGCAGAGCCAGACUGGCCUCAGACCCCAACGCCUUCUACAACAUCAAGGCGUCUUCAGACGGUGUCCCCACCAUCCAGGUGGACCUAGCCUCCCCCCAGUCCCCGGACUCUGUCAACAUGCUGAACGAGUUCUCCAAGCGGGGUGCCACGGACCAGGGCCUGGGUCAGAGGGAGGGGGCCGACCGGGAUGAGGACCAAGGCCUGAUGAUGAAGCCGUCCUCGGGCGGAAAAGAGGAGAAGGGAGAGGAAGAGGGGGACAACAAGAACCCAGGGCUGAUGAGGUGUCUGAGUGACCCGGGCCCUAGUAAUGAGGAUGAGGAGGAUGAACCAUUCCUUCCCUAAAAAAAACAACUAGCUCCUCCCAUUGUGAGGAAUAGGGAGCGGUGUGGUUGCAGCAGCUCCUCUCCCUGAGCGGGACACUACAGGGGAAAGGUCCACCUCCUCUCACUCCACCACCACCUCAUUUGAGUUUGCUAUCCCAUUGGUUGAGGAACCAAUGAAGCCAAAACUGUUAAGAAAGGACUUAGGACAUAACUUGUUUUAUGAACCAAAAGAGAAAAGGAGACUAUAGCCAUCUAUAGCCAUCUUUUUUCAAUAGUUGUCAUUGCUCUUUUUUCAUUUUUUUAAGUGAUAGGAAGGCAGUCGCCGCCUUGGGUGAUCUUGGGUUUGGUGGGAAUUAGCCCGAGAGACGGGGGAACAUAAUUAUGCGUUACCAAAGGUUUGGAUUGGUGACAAAGUUCCACAUUUGUUUUCAUAACCUUUACGAUCGUUCUUCUACUUUUAAGAAAAGUCAGACACUUAGAGUAAACCCCUUUUCACUAGGUGCAUUUUUAUCACACAAUUAACCACUUAACUGCUUCUUUUGAAUUUCAGGGUUAAUAUGAGACUGUUGUUUAUGUGGUUGUCUUUUGUCAUCGUUUGUCAUUCAGCUGGUCAGGGUUUUACUUGGUGUUGUACACAGGAUGUACUCCACGCUGGAUGUAAUGUUUUCACUGUGCUAAACUCGAUGGACCUCUUUCUUCAAGGUCUCGCCUAUGGAGACCCUAAAGCUAAGGAAUGUGCCAAGCGCAGACUUGGAUUUGUUGAUAUGCAAACCCUGGCAUCGCCGCUUCAAGCAUCGCCUCUCUAUUUGAAUCGAACGUACAACAUCGGCAGCGUCGCAUGCUGUGCAGUAUAAGCUCUAUUUACAUAAAAGAAGGAUUGUGAUGCAACACCAAGAGAUGUGUUGAUCUUGAAUGGACUUAACUCCCCUAUAUAAGCCGAUCCCUAAAAUCACACCAAAUACUGUUAUCCUCCUGACACCCAGCCAAAAAAGAUUUUGGAAUGUCUUCAUUUUGUGUUUUGAGUUAAAAUAAUUUACAAAGACAAAUUUGUUUUGCGCUGUAGUGGACAUAAAGAAACGGUUGAUAGUAAAUAUUAAAAAUGUAUAUUACAGUAGGUAAACAUAGUUGUCACAUCCUGAUGUCCUCUACAAAGGACAUUUUAUAAAUGUGAAAAAAGGAUUACACUGCUCUGAUAACUCACCAAAUUAUUUCUAAGUUAUUUACUAGAAGAAAUUUGAUUAUCAAACUCACAAAAAUGUUAUUACACCAAUACACACACUUAUCUUCUUACCACAACAUAUGCUAAUUGUGUUGGCAGCCAUUUUGAAAAUCCAGGAAGAGAAAGUUAUCCAGGUCACACCCCCACUCAUGUGAUAUCACUGAAAACCCCAGAAUGUCCUCUCAGGUACAACGGGACUUAAUACAGUGGCAUGUCAAAGAGAGUGUACAAAAAUGAAUUGGUGGGUCUCAGGAUGAUAUGUUCCCUUUAAGAAAAUGCUCUAGUAUGGGCCAUUUCAGAACCAUUUUGUGGUGUUUUCUCCAUAUUCUCUUGCCGGUAGUCGCAUCUUACAAUUCAUCUUACAUCUUAUGGGUUUGAUCUGUUCUUUACUCUCUUGCACCUUAUUUACAUCAACUGCUUUGACAUUUUCAAAAGACCUUGUUGCCAGUUUAACUUUCCCCAUUGGUUUUUAGCACUCCCCUUUUGAAAAUCUAGUGACAUUUUGGGUUUUAGGCAUCACUGUAAAGGAUAUGAGGUGUGAGGGGACUAUGGAUCUUUAUCGUCUAACCACCUCAAUGGGCCAAGAAUAUAUAAUUCAUUUAACCUUUUAUUUAUCCAGGUGAGUCAAUUAAAAACGAAUUCUUACACUCUGACUACACCGGCUGUGCAUGCGUCCACCAUCGCGCGUAUGUCGAGUUUGUCGAUCCACACCAGACAUGACACGCGGGUUAAAAUAUAAAAAACAACUAUGUUCAUUUGGGGCAAGUCGAAACACACAUGGAACAUUUAGCCAGCUAGCUCUUGCUAGGUAGUUUGUCCUAGGAGAUGGACCAUUGGGUUGUAAUUGUACCUGACAUGCAUAUUGUCCUUUUAUUAGCUGGUUCUUUGUAUAAUUUUUGACCCGGUGUGUUUCUCUACUCCGACGUUUAAUCCAUCGAUUAAAAAGGGAAACCUAGUUUGUUAUCUUUAGUGAAUCUCUCCUCGUUUUGUGUCUCAAGCUUUCGCGUGGGUUUGUAUCUUCCUGAUAUCCAAUAAGGAGGGGACUUGCAGCGCAACUCUAAUAGAACAAAGUUGUAUUUUAGCACUUGGCUACGCAGACCCUUCGUCACACGAGUGAGCACCACAUGGCCGGUGAGGUUUCCAUGUUAUUUAUCAUGAUGGCCUGGAGAUACAGGCAUGAGGACAUAGGCAAAACUAGCUAUUCAAUGCAUUAUAUUGGUGUAAAAUGUGCAUAGCGAUUAUAUUGAUUAUAACCAUUUUAAUCGAACGAUGCCCUUUAAAGCAAAUGCCAUGCUGUAAUGUCGACGCAAACGAAGAGGUCAUCGCUCCUCUGCUAACAUUGAGGUCUAUAACCAUCACGGGCAGUGCGCUAGCUAGUUGUAAGCAAAUUCACAUCCGAAUGCAAGAGCCAACACCUAUUCUGCUCGCACAACAGUGUAAAGCUAAUCUAGGGUUUGUGUAAGACAAUGAAAACCUUGACAUGUACAGUAUAUGCUUGUAUUAUGUAUACAGUACAUUGCUUCUCUUUUCUACACAAAGCCAUACGAUCAAUAGGAACAAUUGAGUAAUUUAUUUCAAAAGACCGUUAGCUAUAUGGUCAAUGUGAUUACUGUUGCCCCUCAACCCACCUACUGUAUAACCAUCUUAGAUUUGUAGCAUGAGUGACAACUUUAGCUGGAGUCUGUCUCAACUAGAGAAGCCUAAGAUGUCCAAGACCGUGGCCUAGUUUGCUGAUUGUCACCUUCCUCUCUGACCUCCGUGUGCUGUCACUUUACGCCCAGAAAGAGAGAGAGUCUCGUUACAGCUGAGGAGAGAAGGGAGGUGAGAGAGGGGUCUCGUUACAGCUUAGGGGAGGAGAGCGAGAGGGAGGAAGAGGUGCACGGUGGUUACUGAGGUUACAGUAGAGAGGGGAACAUGAGGACGGUGUGACGACGUAAUGGCGUGCUUCUAAGAAACUGUGGCCACUCGCGCACAUAAAGUACUACAUUGUGUGUGUGUGUGGGUGGUGUUCUCCUUUCAUGUUCCCAUUCCCUCACAUGGGCAUUGCAGUGGCGGGUACUUGUAGGUUGAGUCCAGGAAAGUAAAAUAUAUCAAGCGUCUCACUUUCUUUACUGAAACCAAAUUGAAUGAUGUGUUGAAAUGUCAAGGACAGGCUGCUUCGGCUGUGAGAGUAGACGAGGACAAAGUCUUAUUGAUCAGAGAGGGGAUUAAAAUGAAGCUUUACGGAAUGAUUGACAUUUGAUACUUCCCUGGCAGAUAUUUCUCUCCAUUGUAUUGUUAUUUAAACAACACCAGAAAUCUAGUAUAGUAUGAACAUGACAUUUACAAGGUUUCUGAAACGGGUUAUGUAAGGGCAGCCAUAGAAAGUCAACUUUAGCUUGGAAACUAGCCCUGGAAACUGUUUCUAAAAAUUUGCCUUAGUGCUAGUGGAAGAGCAGUUUACUUCGAAGCUUUCCCAUCGCACUUUUAUUUGGCCACCACUUAAAGACCGUCAAUGGUUUCCUGCUGGAAAGGAGGAACUACUGUUAUUGUUAGUGUUCAGAAGACCGAUCUUUAAAUUUAUACUUAACAAAAAUAUAAAUGCCACUUGCAACAAUUUCAAAGAUUUUACAGAGUUACAGUUCACAUGAGGAAAUCAGUCAAUUGAAAUCAAUUCAUUAGGCCCUAAUCUAUGGAUUUCAAAUGACUGGGAAUACAGAUAUGCAUCUGUUGGUCACAGAUAACUAAAAAAAAAAUGGUCCUCACGAUGGGCCUCAGGAAUUUGUCACCGUAUUUUUGAGCAUUCAAAUUGCCAUUGAUAAAAUGCAAUUGUGUUCGUUGUCCGUAGCUUAUGCCUGCCCAUAUCAUAACCCCACCAACACCAUGGGACACUGUUAACAACAUUGACGUCAGCAAACCACUCGCCCACACAACACCCUACAUAUGAUGUGUGGUUGUGAGGCUGGUUGGACGUACUGUGAGAAAUUCUCUAAAACGACAUUGGAGGUGGGUUAUGGUAGAGAAAUGAACAUUCAAUUCACUGGCAAAAGCUCUGGUGGACAUUCCUGCAAGUCAGCAUGACAAUUGCACACUCCCUCAACUUGAGACAUCUGUGGCAUUGUGCAGUUUUGUCACACAACACCUUUUAGAGUGGCCUUUUAUUGUCCCCAGCACAAGGUGCACUUGUGUAAUGAUCAUGCUGUUUAAUCACCUUCUGGAUAUGCCACACCUGUCAGGUGGAUGGAUUAUCUUGGCAAAGGAGAAGUGCUCACUAAAAGGGAUGUAAACUAAUUUGUGCACAAAAUCUUUGGCAAAAUAACAUGUUUUGUGCGUAUAUAACAUUUCUGGGAUCUUUUAUUUCAGCUCAAGACUUUAAACCAACACUUUACAUGUUGCGUUUAUAUUUUUGUUCAGUGUAGUUGCCCAGUACAUGUAGGCUAUCUUAAAAUCAAAUUCAGGGUGUUUCUCACCAACCAUAUUGUGCACCAAUGGUUUAAACACAGAUUUUCCCAUCCAAAUCGUUUUUGUAUCGAAGCAAGCCCUGGUUGGUGUCUGAAAAUCGUCCAGUGUGUUUGUAACACUCUCGGCAUCGUUGUGUUUUCGUUCCUUGCAGACAACUAAAUCUCAAGCCAUACAACCACUCUAGGGACUUUAAUAUUAAUUUGUGAAUGACAAUGCUAUGUCUAUCACGUUGCAGCAGCCUUUUGUUUAAUACUUCCUGUAGGGAAGGAGGGUGAAGUGGCUUCAAUGUCUUGCUUCACUCAUUUCCUUAAUUGUUCAAAUGCAAAUGGAUUUUUGUUUCCUUUCUCAGCUCCACGCUGAAUAAUUUUUCGCAUUUAAUGGAUUGUUGAAGCUAUGUCUGUAUAAAUUCUCUGGCCUCGUUUGGAAGUGGGUUCAUGGAAUCGCAAGGAGGAGGGUAUUUGUUACCCAGGACUAAGUUUGGCCAUGCUUGUGGUUCUGUCUGCGUUAUGCGUGCUUUACAUGUGUUUAUUUACAUUUGUAUAAUUGCUGCUACAUGUGAUUUUACCAUUCGGUUCACAUGCUUUAUUUGGGUUCCUUUGCAUUGUAUUUCUUCAUGUGUUCUACGAUGUGUUGCGAUGUGCUUCAUUUGGUUCAUAUGCUUUAUAUUGCUUCGAGUACUUUAUAUUCGGUUCACAUGCUUUAUUUGGUUUCAUACACUUUUUACAUUGGCUCCAUGUGCUUUAUAUUGCUUCAUGUGCUUGACAUGGGUCUAUGUGCUUUUUAAAGUCACUCCAUCUUAUGGUUGGCUGCCUUACUGGAACCGAACCAGACUGACAUUAGAGACCAAACGCUUCUUUCAUCCAAACGAGUGUCGUUACAAAGUGAUUGUUCUCCUUACAUUGAUAGGUGGGAGCAGUAGAUCAUGGGUAUAAAAUCAACCUUGAUAGGACUAUGAUGGUUGACAAUCUGUCAGAGGGUCAUGUUUAUUAUGGCCUGACCCGUUACUGGCCGUAGUGGAAAAGAGCUUUCUUGUUUUCUUUUCUCCUGCUGAGACUCGACAGGUGGUUGGACUUGAAUAAUUAUUCCACAGUCAUCAUUUGCAUAUGUCCAAAGGGAUUUGAUUGUCUAAAAAAACAACUUCUCAGAGUGAUCUCACUCCUGAAGUGCACAUGUGACACAUGAUAUAACAUCUUGAUUAAACAUACUGCAGCCUGGUACAUUUAUAAGCGAUGAACAAUGUAUGUAGACUUCCUUUCCUUACCCCUGAGUCUUUAACAAUUUGCCACGCCAUAUUGAUAAAAGCACUUUAACCGAUACCUUUAACUCAAAACACUCACGUUAAAGCAAGAGCAAUAAGUACGGGUAUUUUGGUCACACAGGCUUUGCAUGGCUAGUGUAACACAGGGGAUGUAUGUGUGGUAUACUAGUUUACGGUAAGGUCAGGUGCGAAUUUGGAUCCGUCUAUGCCACAUGCAAGACAGAGAAGCAGGGAAGCAGUCUAAGUUUGACUUAAAUCUGACUAGGAUGAAUGCUUUUCUUCAUGAAUUCCCUUUGCUCUGCUACAGAUGCGUCCACAGCAUGGCGAUUGUAUUGCCCACCAGCCACUCAUCUGUUUGUUUGUUUACCUAGAUCUCUUGUUUUCUGUGUUAAUGUCGGCUAAUUGAUCUCCAGUGAUUUGCAAUGUGUACUUCGCAAUAAUACAAAUGUUUUAUUUUCUAUACAAGUGAAUUCAAAUCUAUAAGUCAAUAUGUUAUAUAAAUAUAUAAUGUUACUGUAAAACAUGAAACUGUAUGAUAAAUGACACUAGUGACAACUGUGCACUGUAUUGUUGGUUAGCCUAGCUUAAGCAUUCCAAACCUUGGAUUACGAAAACAAACUAAUGCAGUAAUGUUGAAAUGAAACAAUAUACCAAAUUAAAGUUGUAAUUUAUCAAAAUAAA